AUGGCGAUCUGUACUUAUAACGCACGUACGCUUGCAUCGGAAGCGACCAUCGAAGAUCUGAUAAUGCAAGCCAAGAAGAUCAAGUACGACGUCAUCGGACUGACCGAGACGAGACGACGAACAUGCGACAGUAGAGGUGUUGGUGGAGUUGGCGCCCUCGUCAACACGAGUAUGGCAAAGAACAUCGACUCUUUCGAAGAACUUACGACCCGAAUCGGACGUCUGCGGAUGAGACGAUGUGGUCCAACACCAGCUUUGACUAUCUUCGUCGCUUACGCUCCAACAUCAAGCUACGAUGAAGAAGAAGUCGAAGCUUUUUAUAUGGACCUGGAGAAGUUCUACCGAGAAGAUAAUGCCUUUUACAACGUCAUUGUUGGCGAUUUUAACGCCAAGAUUGGCCCCAGAAGAACGUCUGGGGAACUUUACAUUGCAACCAAGGGCCUAUAA